AUGUUUGCUGACGAUAUCAAGCUGUUUAGUGUUUUGAAUUCAAUUGAGGAUAGUGCUAGUCUCCAGAGAUCCCUUGAUGGGGUCUCUAGAUGGUGUGAUGAAAACUUCAUGCAGCUGAAUGCUAAGAAAAGCAUGGUGAUGUCUUUUCACAGGGGUGAAGAAUUUGUACAUGCCAAUUAUUACAUUCAGGGCGUGGGAUUGCAGCGGGUACAGGUUGUAAAGGAUCUUGGCGUGCAUCUCAAUCACGCACUCUCACCUGAUCAUCACAUUGACAUCAUAUGUGCCAAAGCUAAUCGUUUGUUGGGUCUUCUGUCACGUACAGCUAGAAGUGGCCUAUCUACACACUCCAUCUCAAUCUUAUAUAAGUCUCUUCUACGUCCGAUCUUAGAAUAUGCUUCAGUUGUUUGGAACCCCUACUACCAACAUCACAUUAUCAGGCUUGAAAGGAUUCAAGGGAGAUUUGUUCGACUCGUUGGAACUACAUUGGGCUUUCUUUUCCAUGAGGUCCCUGUCGAUGACGUCAUGAAACAGUUCAACCUCUGCCCGCUGGAAGUUCGCCGUGAGCUUGCUGAUCUAGCUUUUCUCUCAAGGCUUAUCAAUGGAUCCCUUGAUUGUCCAGAUCUUCUUGCCAUGAUAAACUUUCGAAUUCCACGCACUACCAGGUCAACUGAACUCUUUGUUCGCAAAUAUUAUCGGACAAACUACCUGAAGAACGGACCCAUGGCCAGACUACAUAGCAUUGGAAACUGCGUUCCUGCCGAGCUAGACCUGUUCUGCACGAAUCUGAAAACACUGAAAAAGAAAUGGGUGUCCUUAUAUGUGGAUCGAGGGGAAUGUGGUUAA